AGCUAUUCAACUCGCCACACCCUCCGCAGCCAUGAAGAUUUUUGCAUUCGCCACACUUGUAUCAUUCUGCCUAGCUGAUAGACUGCCCAGUCACUUCGGCUAUGCCUCUCCACAACCUUCUUCAGCCUUCAGCCACAGGUCGCGACCUGCAUCUCGCCCUUCCUUCUCCGCCCCAAGACCUGCUCCCCAGCCAACCUACUCCGCACCGAGGUCUGCUCCCGGCCCAGUAGUGCCCAUCCUUGUGGACGACCGCGUCCACCCAGACGCCGGCGCUUACAGCUUCAACGUUGAGACCGGUGACGGCAUCUCACGCCAGGAAAGUGGAUCGCCUAUUCCCGCCAAGGAGGGUCCCGUCACAGCCAUGUCUGGAUCCUACUCCUUCACUCUUCCUGACGGACAACUGUUUGAGCUUCGCUUCGUAGCUGACGAGAACGGCUUCCAGCCUCAGUCGCCCUUCCUUCCCGUGGCGCCAGCCUUCCCUCAUCCCAUCCCCGCCCACGCCCUUAGGCAAAUCGAGCGCGCCCGCCAAGGGCCUUCUCAGGGAUACAGCGCCCCUUCUCGUCCCUCUCGCCCUUCUAAUUUCUAUGGCUUUCCUCAUAACAUUUUUUCAUUAUUUGUAGUAGCAGCAACAUCAACAGCCGUAUUAGUAACUUUUGUAUUCGCUGCUGUUAUGUCAGUCUGCGUGGCCGACAGGCUACCCAGGCUAUGCCUCUCCACAACCUUCUUCAGCCACAGGUCGCGACCUGCAUUUCGCCCUUCCUUCUCCGCCCCAAUACCUGCUCCCCAGCCAACCUACUCCGCACCGAGGUCUGCUCCCGGCCCAGUAGUGCCCAUCCUUGUGGACGACCGCGUCCACCCAGACGCCGGCGCUUACAGCUUCAACGUUGAGACCGGUGACGGCAUCUCACGCCAGGAAAGUGGAUCGCCUAUUCCCGCCAAGGAGGGUCCCGUCACAGCCAUGUCUGGCUCCUACUCUUUCACCCUUCCUGACGGACAACUGUUUGAGCUUCGCUUCGUAGCUGACGAGAACGGCUUCCAGCCUCAGUCGCCCUUCCUUCCCGUGGCGCCAGCCUUCCCUCAUCCCAUCCCCGCCCACGCCCUUAGGCAAAUCGAGCGCGCCCGUCAAGGACCUUCUCAGGGAUACAGCACCCAUUCUCGUCCCUCUCGUCCUUCUAAUUCCUAUAUCUUUCUGCAAUCAUUCAUUGUUAAGGAUCCAGGCUGUAAGCGCCGGCGUUUGGGUGGACGCGAUCGUCCACAAGGAUGGGCACUACUGGGCCGGGAGCAGACCUCGGUGCGGAGUAGGUUGGCUGGGGAGCAGGUAUUGUAUUAUGUGAAGGUUUUUCGUGGUCUUACGAUCUUCAUAAUAGUGGAGGGUGUGACGAGUCGAAUGGCUCAGGAGGUGAAUGAUGCCGGUUUCUCGAACCAGACUUUAUAUACCAAGUCGAAGCAGAUAUCAGUUCCACAGAAAAAGAUACUCGUUACACGUAGAAUGUUACGAAACCUCUGGAAGGAGCUCGUGGUAUAUAAAGCGAUGCAUGAGAGGCUAACAUCAGUCACCUGCCGAGCCCUCCGAGACGCCACUACCUCCACCGUUAUGAAGCUUAUUGUUUUCACCGCAGUUGUAUCAGUCUGCUUGGCUGAUAAGCUGCCCAGUCACUUCGGCUAUGCCUCUCCACAACCUUCUUCAGCCUUCAGCCACAGGUCGCGACCUGCAUCUCGCCCUUCCUUUUCCCCAAGACCUGCUCCCCAGCCAACCUACUCUGCACCGAGGUCUGCUCCCGGCCCAGUAGUGCCCAUCCUUGUGGACGACCGCGUCCACCCCGACGCCGGCGCUUACAGCUUCAACGUUGAGACCGGUGACGGCAUCUCACGCCAGGAAAGUGGAUCGCCUGUUCCCGCCAAGGAGGGUCCCGUCACAGCCAUGUCUGGCUCCUACUCUUUCACCCUCCCUGACGGACAACGGUUUGAGCUUCGUUAUGUGGCUGACGAGAACGGCUUCCAGCCAGAGUCAGCCUUCCUGCCCGUGGCCCCAGCCUUCCCUACCCCAUCCCCGCCCACGCCCUUGAGCAGAUCGAACGCGCCCGUCACGAGGAUGCUGCUCGCCUACGUCAAGGACCUUCUCAGGGAUACAGUGCGCCUUCCCGUCCUUCUCGGCCCUCUAAUUCCUAUGGCUUUCCUCAGUAAAGAAUCCUAGCAUGCUCCCAUGUUAUGCGAUAUAGUAGUUUUGAUAGGUUAUUUUUUAUGUAUUACACAGUAUUUUUAAUAAAUUUUCAAU